AUGCAGACUCAGCUGUUGUAUCACCUGCUAGCAGUCUGUUUGCUCCUGAUCCAGCUUUCUGACAAUGUCCAUGGAAAUGACUUGGAUGAAGUAGUUAAAGCAUGUGGCCGUGACUAUGUCCGCCUCCACAUUGAGGCCUGUGGCAACCCCAUCCCAAGUCGGAACAGAAAAGAGCGUCCUCAACGUAACCGAAGCAAAACUAACAAAAAAAAAUCCUCCACCAAGAACAAGGAAACAGGCUUACAAACUGCAAAGGAACCCGGUUUUGUUUCGCUAGAAAGCCUGAAGUCACUAUUGGCUGCAAGUCAAUUUUCUCGGAAGGCAAUACAACCUGCAUUACGCAGUACUAUUCUCAACUCUGCAAAACUUCAGAUAGUCAAUCAUGAGGACCCAAGCAAUAAAAAUAGCCCUGCAGAAUUAAACCACCCCAUCUUAGAUAAACAUUCCCGAGAAAAGAGGCAGGUCCCCGUUGCAAUGGCCUCAAAGUGUUGUUUUCGAGGUUGUACCAGAAGAGAGCUUGCAAAAAUCUGCUGA